AUGCUUCAAGCUGCUAAGCAUGGCAAUGUCUUGGAUUUGGAAGAUCUGUUCAUGAGGUUUGUAUUCGACAGUGCCUAUAUGAUUGUCCUCGGCAGAAACCCGAACUCACUCUCUUUGAGCUCUGCUGCUAAUGAGAUUGCUAAAGCCAUCGACGACAGGACGGAAGGUGUGUUCCAUAGGCACAUCAUGCCCAGGAAGCUGUUGGGUUGGUUGGUAGUCGGGAGUGAGGGGAGAUUGGCCAGAGCUCGGAAGAUCAUAAAUCGUCACUUGUUAGAGCACAUUUCGUUGAAAAGAGAAGAGCUGCACAAAGGGGUGCAGGGAAGUGAUUUGAUAGCUAUGUACAUGAGUUCUCAAGCUCAGAAUGGAGAAAGCAAAGCUUACAGUGAUCUGUCCCUCAGAGACACUGCACUGGGCUUCCUGUUUGUUGGGCGGGACUUGACGGGAACGUCUCUCACUUGGUUCCUCUGGUUGGUUUCCACACCCCCUCGCGUGGAGGAAAAGAUCAUUGAUGCAGUUAAAGAAGAAGGAAGCAAAAGGUGUCAUCAGAGAUCAAAAGCAGCCAUGGGUGUUUGA